AUUUUGAGCAUUGUUUCGAAAUUCUCCGAAAUUUUCCAAAGUGGUACUCCAAUCCUGACCUACUUGUUAGUCCCAUUCCACCUAUGGGGCAAGGUUCCCAAAGUUCUCCCACAGGUUUUGGUUCUCAAUCAUCUCCCGUGGAAGGCCUUGAUGACUUACCAGAUGAAGGAGCUACGCCUUUCGUGUUGACUCGCCCUGAAGGACGCGACAAACAAAAGGCAGCAAAGAAGAAAGGUAAGGUAGUUGCUGAAUCGUCAGACAUAUACACUACUCAACUGCUAGAGUUUGGUAAUGAUAUGAGAGAGAGACAAAAGUCGAGGAUGGAGUAUGAAAACAGAAAAAUGAAUGUUCAAGAGAGGAGACUAGAGCAGGAGAAAGAGGAAUGGGCAUACAAGAGGCAAGUGAGGGAGCGUGAAGCGGAAAAGUGGGCUGUGGAGAAGAAAGAGAGGGAAGCUGCAAUACUUCAACAAAAUGUAGCUAUUCUAGAGAAGGAUUUGUCAAAGAUGACACCAAGAAAGAAGAGAUUUUGGAGGCGUAAACAAAAUGACAUUUAUGGGUACGAUCAAGAUGAUCCCAACUCUUAUCCAAGUGAUGGCGGAGAUGGAGAUGGCGAUGCAAGUGGUGGAGGAGAUGGCGAUGAAAGUGGUGGAGGAGAUGUCGAUUACUUUCCUGUCAUGGAUUAUUAAUUAGAAGAAGAUCCUAUUUGUACUCUAUUGUCUUUACAU